UUAAUAUAAUCCUCUCAAUUUAGCCAUAACCCUAACUAAAGUUAGAUAAUGUGAGUUUAAUUAAUUUUGUUUUCCCAAAUUCAUCACUUUCUCCCUAAAAGACCUUUGGAGCUCACCGCAUCUUCUUCAUCCCUAAGCUGAGUGCAUCCGUCGCACCAUUUCCGUGUGGGCUUCGUCGGCUGAUGUUUCUUCUUCUCUCCUGGGUUUUGGCCACAUGCAGAGAAGGUAUGGGUAUCUCUGUGAUUCCAUUCGAUUCUACCAUGAAGGUGUUGUUCUGUCGGUUGCGUCUAUUAUCUCUCCCCCAAGGUUCCUCUUUCUGUCUCUCUCUCGUGCAUACGGCAUUUCUCCAUCUCCAUUUCUGUGAUUUGGAUAGCAGAUGUCGCCACCGCGGUUCAAGAGGUAUAUGUGGUCUAUGUUCCAUUCUCCUCCUUUUGAAUCGUUCUAGUUUCCUUCUCCAGUUUCAAUUUUUUUUUCCUGAUAAUUGUUACUGUUUUCUUUAUACAUCGUUUAAUUUUUAGUUGUUUGGUUUCUAAUCUAAUCAUGGUGAUUGUUACUUUUUUUUUCUAAAUCAAUGGUUCUCUCAUAUGUUUGUGCUUUUGGUGUUUCGGGAAAAUAAUUUUCUUCUUGGGGGUUUUGCUGAUUAUAAUUUAUAUCAUGUUCUUUCUGCUAUUGGACUGAAGUUUACUGUAGUGUUAGGUAUACUUGACUCAUGAAAUUCUGUUCUUGCUUUAUUGUGAAUUGUCAAAUCAACUAUAUGUGGUAGGUACUUGGUAAUUUGUAACAGGUCUCUUUCCACAUUGUUUUUGCUCUUUUUCCAUCAGUAUUUGGUUACUUGUGAUAUCUUCCUAAAUGAUGUGUGUAGGGAUAUCAAUCUAUAUAUGCCUAUUAGUCUAUCUCUGUCCCAUAUGUGAAGCUUUCAUUGUAAGCUUUAGUGUUUGUUAACAUUGGGAGUUUAUAACUCCAACUCCUCUGUUUAUCUUCUCUUAUUGGUUCUGAAAUUUUCUCUGUAUAUUUUCGUCUUUUGGUGUUGUUGUUCUAUAUAUGUUGGGAAUGAAUAAUCGUGUUGAUUUGGUGGAGAAAAUCACUCCCUGGAGGGAAUCAUGGAAAGUGCAUGUUAAAGUUGUGAAGUUGUGGUACCACAAAAAUCCUGCUUUGGAUCCUUCUCAAAAUCUGUUGCAUAUGGUCUUAAUGGAUGAGAAGUUACACAAGAUCCAAGCUACGAUUAGAGAUCAGCUUAUAUCAAAGUUUGCUGUGUCUCUAAAUGAAGGUGAUCUGUAUUUGAUGACCCAUUUUACAGUUUUGCCAAACACUGGUUUGAACAGAGUGACCAAACAUCGGUUCAGACUUUUGUUCCAAUACAAGACCUCUGUUGUUUCUGUGGUCUCUCCAAGGAUACCUCAUUCCGGGUUGUGUUUUACAUCAAUAGAUGAAAUUGAUCAAAUGACAAAGGACCAUAAUUUCCUCAUUGACUUUGUUGGGAUCAUUACUGGUGUUCGAAAAGAAAGAGAUGUAGCAUCAUAUGGGAAGCUCAUCAAAGCAGUUGUGCUAGAAGUUUUUACUCAUGGGAAAAAGGUCCAAUGCAAUGUGUUUGGAAAUGCUUGUGAUCUCUUGGAAUAUGAAAACUUACAAAAAUAUCCAAGAUCUCCGAUGAUUGUCCUUGAGUCUUUUAAAAUCAAACCAAUUGAAGGUGGAGUAAUUCUACAGAAUGUGAUCAAUGUCUCUAGGUUAUUCAUUAAUCCAGACAUUCCUGAGUCUGUUGAGUUCCUAAGCAGAUUUAGUGUAGCCAGUUAUGGAUUCUCAAGACUUGUGACCAAUGACCUUGGAUACUUAAUUUCUAAAGUUGAUGGUGAUUAUUUCAAUCCCAAAGAGAUCAGUAAUAUUCAAGAUCUUGAUGUAGAUAACGGGGAUGCUCAUUACUUUGUAAUUGGGACAAUUAAGGAAGUUAUGGAUGAACCAGAUUGGUGGUACUACUCAUGUGUAUGUGGUCAUGCUGUUGUUGACCAUGAGGAUCUCUACCUUUGUGAUGCUUGUGGUUCAUGUGUUGAACAUGUUAUGCUCAAGUAUAGGAUUCGGGUAAAGAUUCACCAUGCUGGGUGUGAUGUUUUGUUUGUUCUGCUUGAUAAUGCGGCAACAAAACUAUUUGGAAAAACCUGUUCUGAAGCAUUUCUCAGGAUAGACGAAGAAUUCCCUGUUGAUCCUAGUGUGCUUGCAGUCUGUCGGUCAUAUUCUCCACAAAUGUUUGGUGAUGUUGUUGGAGAGGAUAAAGUUUUCAAGGUUAAAAUCCUUUCUACAGUUGAUCCAGAUUACUCCGAGUCCUUUAAAAUUGUAAAUGUCUUUAGUGAUAAUUCCGAACCAGCUACAACUGAUAAAAUCUCUUGGUUCUUUCUUUUUGUUAUUCUUGUUACAUGA